AUGUCAGUACAGGAGAACACACCACCCCAGCAGCUUUGGUCUCGGGUCUCUAAGUCUCAAAGGGACUUUGCAAAGUCCAUCUUGGUUGGGGCUCCAGGAGGUAAGAACAGGAAACACAUGCCAUUGAGCUGUUCCCAGCUGGGCCUCAUCCCUCAACAGACCCACCAAAACCAGCAGGCGUGCAGUGACAUGGAGGGGCCAGCGGGGUACCUGCGGCGGGCCAGUGUGGCCCAGGAGCUGGGCACUGCCUUCUUUCAGCGGCAGCAGCUGUCGGCUGCUAUGGCGGACACAUUCCUGGAGCAUCUCUGCCUGUUGGACAUCGACUCAGAGCCUGUGGCCGCUCGCAGUACCAGCAUCAUUGCCACCAUUGGGCCCGCCUCUCGCUCUGUGGAGCGCCUCAAGGAAAUGAUCAAGGCCGGGAUGAACAUAGCACGACUCAACUUCUCUCACGGUUCCCACGAGUACCACGCUGAGUCCAUCUCCAACAUCCGGGAGGCCGUGGAAAGCUUUGCAACCUCCCCGCUCAACUACCGGCCCGUGGCCAUCGCUCUGGACACCAAGGGACCUGAGAUACGGACAGGGAUCCUCCGGGGGGGCCCGGAGUCGGAGGUGGAGUUAGUGAAAGGCUCCCAGGUGCUGGUGACCGGGGACCUAGCGUUCCGGACGCACGGGGACGCGGACACCGUGUGGGUAGACUACCCCAAUAUCGUCCACGUCGUGCCGGUGGGGGGCCGCAUCUACAUUGACGACGGGCUCAUCUCCCUAGUGGUCAAGAAAAUCGGCCCAGAGGGGCUGGUGACCAAAGUGGAGAACGGUGGAAUCCUGGGCAGCCGGAAGGGGGUGAACUUGCCAGGUGCCCAGGUGGACCUGCCUGGGCUGUCUGAGCAAGAUACCCAGGAUCUUCGCUUCGGUGUGGAGCAUGGUGUGGACAUCAUCUUUGCCUCCUUUGUGCGGAAGGCCAGUGAUGUGGAAGCCGUCCGGGCUGCUCUGGGGCCAGAAGGGCAAGGCAUCAAGAUCAUCAGCAAAAUUGAGAACCACGAAGGCGUGAAGAAGUUUGAUGAAAUCCUGGAGGUGAGCGAUGGCAUCAUGGUGGCCCGGGGAGAUCUAGGCAUCGAGAUCCCAGCUGAGAAGGUUUUCCUGGCCCAGAAGAUGAUGAUCGGGCGCUGUAACUUGGCCGGCAAGCCCGUAGUCUGUGCCACACAGAUGCUGGAGAGUAUGAUCACCAAGCCCCGACCAACACGUGCAGAGACGAGUGAUGUGGCCAAUGCUGUGCUGGAUGGGGCAGACUGUAUCAUGCUGUCAGGGGAGACUGCCAAGGGCAGAUUUCCUGUGGAGGCUGUAAAGAUGCAGCACGCGAUUGCCCGAGAGGCAGAGGCUGCAGUCUAUCACCAGCAGCUGUUUGAGGAGCUGCGCCGGGCAGCACCACUGAGCCGUGAUCCCACCGAGGUCACUGCCAUUGGUGCUGUGGAGGCUGCCUUCAAGUGCUGUGCUGCGGCCAUCAUCGUGCUGACCAAGACUGGCCGCUCAGCCCAGCUUCUUUCUCGGUACCGACCUCGAGCGGCAGUCAUUGCUGUCACCCGCUCUGCCCAGGCUGCUCGCCAGGCCCACCUAUGCCGAGGAGUCUUCCCUUUGCUCUACCGUGAACUUCCAGAGGCCAUCUGGGCAGAUGAUGUGGAUCGCCGGGUCCAGUUUGGCAUUGAAAGUGGAAAGCUUCGCGGCUUCCUCCGUCCUGGAGACCUGGUGAUUGUGGUAACAGGCUGGCGGCCUGGCUCUGGCUAUACCAACAUCAUGCGGGUGCUGAACAUAUCCUGAGAUAUCCCUCAUCUCUGACCCAGACCACCCCUGACCCCCCUUCUUCCCCAUGUUCUCCAUCCCACACCCCUCUUAUAGCCCCACCACCUCUCUACCCCCAACCCUCCCAGAGUUUCCAUCUGAGGCCAUGUCUCCCAUCUAGCCCCACUCCAAGGAGCCCCUUCCCCCUCUCUGUGUCACACAGGCCCUGAAAGCCUGUGUCCAAUUAAUCACUGCCCACCCAGCAGCAGCACUUGGACAUUCCCUGCAUCCAAUCCUCUCAUCUGGGCCCUAAAACACUCUGAGCCUUUAAUCCCAGCUUGGCUGGUUAAUUCUAUCCCCCCAGCCCUGGGGGUGAGGGAGAGGGGAGACGGCAAUUGUGUCCUCACUGUCUACAAU